CAAUUGAUCCUAUUUUUCCUCCUGAAUUCUCUCCUCGUCUUCUAUUUUGUAACUUUUCUACUCAUGGCUUCCUCUUCCUGAUGUUCUAAUUCAUGCUACCUUUCAUAACAAUCCAAUGUCGCAAGACAGCUUUGCCUCUGAAGCCUCAACCGCCACCUCUACCGUCCCUUCCCAUAAACCCUCCCAAUCCUCAUUAACAGAUUACUCGGAAAAAAUUCAAUCAGCCAUCCAAUCGCUUUCUUCCUUUACUACAAUCCCCCCCUCUCUCAUCUCCUCUCAAGACCCUGCCUUCUCUCUCCUCCAUGAUCCUCAUGUCUCCUCGCAAAUCUCCUCUCUCCUCCGCCACCCAGACUCUGGUGCUGGAGACAACAACCUCUGCCGAUGGUUUUAUGAUACGUUUCAAUCCACCAGCCCUCAACUCCAACUUGUAGUUCUCCGUUUCCUUCCCAUUAUCGCCGGCCUCUACCUCUCUCGCGUCCCUCUAAGGAAACCCUUAGCUGGGUUUGAGGCUGUUUUGCUGGCUCUCUAUGCCCAUGAAACCACAUCCAGGAAUGGUCAAGCUAUAACGGUGAACAUUCCUGAUUUGUCAAUUUCCAGUGUAUAUCACGAAACUAAGGAGUCUUCAAGGAACAACUCAACUGAUCUAAAUCUAGCAGUGAUAUCGCCAAGCUUGGAGCCUCAUGGGACAGUGAGAUCAACAAGGAGGGCAAGAAUUGUUGGGGUUGCGUUGGAAUUAUAUUUUAGCAAGAUAUCUUUGAUUCCUGUGGGAUCUAAAAUAGACUUCUGCAAGUUUUGUGAGGUAUGGGCUGGUCAAGACGGUGAUAUGUACAAGGAGAUCGAAGGUGAAGCUGGAGAUGGAGGUGGAGGUGGUGAGGAGAAGGGGAAGAAGGAGAGGAGAAUUCCACUUCCAUGGGAGCUCCUGCAGCCUGCAUUGAGAAUAUUAGGUCAUUGUCUUCUGGGUCCUCAAAAAGAUAAGGAACUUUGGGAUGCAACAUGUGCAGCUAUUAGAAGUUUAUAUGCAAGGUCUUUGCAUGACGUUAAUCCAAAGGCGAUUUUGGCAACUGGGAGUCUGCUUAGACUUAGCAAGAUUGGUAUGAAUUCACAGAAUGAAAUUGAUUAUACUGAGAUUUCAAUGUCUAAUGUUAUCUCUCUCUAAUAUCAAUUACUACAAAUCUUUAAUGCUUUUCUUGUCUUGAAAUGCCCUUUCAGUUUGAUGGAUAUAGAAUUGUAAUUAAUUCUUUAGUUUUCUGAAUCAUGAAAUUGGAAUAGAUAUUAUUAAUUCUUGCAA